ACCUCUGCUCCAGGUGAAAGCAUUACCCCGGUGCCUCUGGCAGUCAGUCCUGAAGCAUCCUGCUCAUGAGGCUCCUCCCUCCUGUCACAUUCCCACUCAUUUCAGAUCCCCUCCUGCAUUCAGUCCGAUGCUGUGAGCUACCACCGCCCAUGGGCACCUCAACACCGCACAGUCCCAGCAAAGCCAACUCAGCGCAAGCACCAUGGGAAAUCAGGGCACAUCCCGACAGCCGGGAGGGUAAAGGGGAAGGGUUGACCAACGGAGAGGCUUUGGCUCAGGGCACGCUCCGGCGGCACUGCAGCAUCUCCCAAGGCUGAGCUCCCCGGGUCGGCGCUGCCCCGUCCGGUGGAGAAAGUCCCAGCCCCACGAAACCAAAGUGCCCCGGGUCGGCGCUGCCCGUCGGGGGAGCGGUCCGACGGGGCUCUGCAGCCCCAUCCCGGCAGCUGCCAGCAGAGCCCUCAUCACCCCCAAACCGAACCUUUCUAAAGCCAGCCCCCCGACCCGGCGGCGGCCCCCGUGGGCGGUGCAUGUACUCACGGCUGCGAGGAGGAGAAGGAGGAGAAACAGGAGGAGGAGGAAGAGCAGGUGUCCCUUGCAGCCAGGCAGGGUCCUCCUCCUUCUCUCCCCUCGUUUUCUCAAGCCCUGAGCCCCCCCCGCUCCUCGCACAGGCUGCGGGGCCGGGCCCACGCGUGCCCGCCGUUACGCGUGGGAGGGAGCGGCGGUGCUGCCGGCUGGGGAGGGGGGGCUACUCCUUGCCAUAGCCGAGUGGCCGGCGGAGCGCGGCGCAGAGCGGCUCAGGGGCGGCAGGAGGCAGGCAGAGGAGAGCAGAGCAGAGCAGAGCAGGGAGCAGCUCCCGGCACCGCCGUCCUCCGCGGAAGCCGAGGGGAAACCGAGCGGCGCCGGCCGUCGGUGCUUCACCGCCGGGAAGCUUCACCCACGGCUGGGGAGGGUCCGCAGCGGCGAAGGGGAAGGUCAGCGCACACCGUCGGGAUGGCGCGUACUAUGAGACCCGACGACAUCAACCCCCGGACGGGGCUGGUGGUGGCUCUGGUCAGCGUCUUCCUGGUGUUUGGCUUCAUGUUCACUGUGUCCGGCAUCAAGGGGGAGACCCUAGGGGACAUCCCACUGCUGGCCAUCGGGCCGGCCAUCUGCUUGCCAGGCAUCGCUGCCAUCGCCCUCACCAGAAAGACUGAUGGCUGCACCAAGUGGCCCAAGAACAAGUGUCCGUGCUGUAAGGAGAUCAGGGACCGGGAUGUGAUAGAGCUGCUGAGAACUCCUUCAGACCUGGAGUCUGGCAAGGGAAGCUGCGAUGAGCUGGCCAAGAAGGUGUACCAGAAGGACCGGAGAGUCCUGCAGGGUGAGGACUCGGUGUCCAUCUGCACCACCACCACCACCACCACCACUGGAGAGUGCAAGAGCCUCAUCAGAAAGGUGGACCAGGAGGAGAUGCUGAGGUACCUGGAGACCUGCUACCCGGAGAUGCCGGGGAACGUGUUUGUGGGAGAUGGCUCCGUGUACAGUGCCUUAGAGAAGAAGAGCUCUUCUCCCAGCAGGGACAGUGCUGCUUGCCCAGAUGUUGAAGACAACAUUUUUGUUGCUCCCAAAGACAGUAUCAUUGUCUGCUCUUACAAGGAGAACAGCCCUUACGACAAAUACUGUUGUUACAUAAACCCAACUGGAGUCGCCUCGGACCAGGAGACCAUAGUGUGAACAGUGCAUACUUUAUACAUAUGUAUGUAUUUAUACAAAAACUACAACUUCUUGAUAGGGGAUAAUAUAGCUGACUGCACUGCAUGGGACAAUCCUGAUACUAUUACAAUUUAACCUGGUAUGUGACUGAUACUCAAAACCUUUUGUGCCUGAAAUACUUUCUGUAAGUAAACGAGCAUGUUUAAAGGUUAAAGAAUUCAAUUUUUCAUUUUGGAAAAAAAAAAAGAAAAAAAAAAGGAACCCAAUCCAUUUCAGUUUUCCUUUCUGCCCUUCCCUUCCUUUUGAUUUCAUGCUGCUUGUUGUACACAGACCCACAGAUGCAGAGCAGGAGGUCAGCGGGGAUCAGGAGCUGAGCGAGGAUUCUGGAGCUGUCUGUAGAAAGGAAAGGGGCCUAAAGAAGUCUUAGCAAUGGUGUUGCUUUGUGUGGGGAGGGAUGGAGAGAUGUCAGCAUGCCCUACUGAUGUUGGGCAGUAUGGAAGCAGUUUGCCUCUUCUUCCUGGCAGAAUUUUACCUUCUUGUUUCAAGAAACUGAUGUGCUAACUCUGUGGGCUCUUCUGAAACUCUUCAGGAGCUACGUAGGCUCAGGGGAGCUUUAGGAAGGAUAAUGCACUAUCCAUUGCAUGUAAGGUGCAGGUUUUAGCUCCAUUGCUUACUGAUAAUGAGUUCACUCGAACGUUUCUAACACUUCUGGGUUUUGUAGGCAUACUUGACAAGGGGAUUGCAAUGUGAUCAUGGCACAGUUCUUGCAUGGAAUAGGAGCAGAUGUCAGUGGAGUCAAGAUCUUAAAAAUAUACUUCAGUAACUUGUAGGGAAUAGACUUACGUGGGUUUUGCUCAGAGCUGCAUUUGACUCUUCAGAAAAUGUCAUUUUUUUGUGCCUUUUCUACCUUGCCAUGGCUGAUGAAUGAUCACAGUUCAUACAGGGGUGGAGGGAUCUGAAGACCUGGUUUUGUUCACUUCAUACGGAUGUAUAGCACAAGAAAUACAGGGUAAUGGAAUUAACCAUUCAAAACCUGUGGCUUACACACAGAAAUGCAAAUCCUGCCUGCUUUCUCCCACAGAAGAUUGCAUGUUUCGUGUAUGAAAUUCUAGCAGCCAUGUAGAUACCACAGAGAUGUGAUACUGUGUGAUAUGUAUGCUGAACAGCUACUCCAAGGGCUGAGCCUCUAGUGUAAGGGUUACUAAAGCAUGGAUUCGUUUGCAAGCAGCUCUCAUUGUCCUGGCUCCUAUAAUUCAUCAUAACUACUGCAAAAAGUUCCUCUGUGAUGGCAGUCCUUACAAUGCUCUCAUUUCAGCAAUUUUGAAAUGAAAAAAAAAAAAAAAAGAAAAAUAAUUAAAAAAAGAAAUUGAAUUACCCAUGUAGGAAGGACGAAAAGCAGCCUUUCUCUUGUCACACCCUGAGACACCGUGUAGAAAGUGGCGAGGAAUUUCCCACUCAGAGAAGGUGUUGGUCAGCUUUGCUGACCAUGGGAGAGUUUGGAAAGUGGAGGGCAACUUUAUGCAUCCCCUCAUGUACUUGUUUGGAAAUGUAUGUCUGGUUGUCACAGACUAACAGCCUCUGAAGAGGUCUGUGUGUGGGAAGGGUUUCUUUCUGUCAGGCCAAAAGAGAUGUUCAUGCUAAAGACAGGUGAUGGUGGGACAUCUUGAUACUAUUAGGAGAAAUUAAGAAAUGAUGCUGGCUGGUCCGAGUCAAAUAAAGCCUCUUCAUGGAUGGUUACAGUACUGAGGGAAUAAAUCAAUGCCUUGCGAUCCCAGUGUCAUCCACCAAGCAAAGAAAUUUCACAGGAGCAGACCUCUACCUGAACCACUCAGCUCUCAUGUCCACAUAAAGCACUCUGCCACUGUCAGACAGCUCUCCCGCAGGCUCAGCCACCAUGGGACCUUAUUCUGCAGUGUACAGAAGCAGCUCUUUGAUGGCACUGGGAAAUCUGAUUUCAUAACCUCCUGGAGUCAACAGCUGAACUGCUGCCGAGGUGCCUGGUGAGGAGCAGAGUUCUGCAUAGCACUCUGUUCCCAAGGGACACAGGUGAGGGUCUCAGCAUGUGCCCAUGGGUGCCUUGCAUCCCUGAGGUCAGACUACCUAGGGAGAGCAGGAUGUGGGUCCUGAGUGCUGCCCCUGCCCAGGCUGUGAGCGAUCUUCUGCCUUGCAUAAGGCAGCGCAGCGCCAGCCUGCUGGGAAACCUAGAUUUGUACAGUUCUGCAAAUAUAUAUAGGAAGAGGUCAAGUUUUUCCAUUUUGUCUAGGAUUAGAUGUUCCCUGUCAAAAGUUAUAAGGGGUUUUAAGAAGGCGAGGCGGCAAACUCCAGUGACAAAUGGAAUGGUAAAUACAUGACUUGAGAUAUGCAGAUCUAAGGCAUGUGCUUUAUUCCAUGCCUAACUUAAACCUAGAGAGUAUUUUUAUUAUGACAAAGUUUAAUGGCAGUGAAAUUUUCCCACAGUAUAGGAAGAAGCAUAAAAAUGUACAUUUAAAACAUGAUAUUUCCAGGCAGUAUCUUUCCUUCAUCAGGUUAACUGAGCUUUUGCAGCACAAUGUGACUCUAGGCAGUAUGUCCCAGCCAGUCCAUCACAAUCCAUGACAGGGUUUUUAUAAGUGCCUGUAUUGCUUCUCACAUCGCUUUCUCUAUGAUUUUUUUUUCCUAUUCCCUUCUGCUGGCUGAGCAGGGGAUGAAAUGGACAUUUGAGAGUCUGGCGAUCUAAAAAAUAUGAAUUUGGCCAUUUUUAAAAAUGAAGUGUUUUUUUUUUUUAUAAUUUUUAUUAUUUUAAAUGAAGUGAGCUUUUUUUCAUCCACUAUUAUUUUGCCAGGAAAAAAUCCACUGCUUAUUUGAUCAAAGACAGCAUGACAGCAGCCUCAGGCUUUUUAUGCAGAUAGCCUGGUCAGGCCAGAGAAUUACUGAGGCUUUAUUUUCAUUCAGCUCAUGUGGUCUCUUCUGACGGCUGCUGGAACUCAUAUGGCCUGAUCUUGGAACAGGCACCACUAAUUACAUUGCUUUCCAGAGGAAGCUGCUCCUUGUCCUGAGUCUGACUAUGGCUUUGGGAUACCGCAAUUUUGGGUGAUUCCAAGCCACGGCCUGGAGAUAACAGCUUCUUUUUACCCCUACUUUAUUUUCUCUCUGGGUUAAUGUUCUCAGUGCCAUUCUUGAAUAAAGCAGGUCUUGUCUGUGAGGCGAAACCCUGCUUUUGCUGAAGUCAUUGUCCACACACUCCUUGGUGCUAUGUUAAGGGUGGUAGGGCAUAUUGAUGUGGACACUCAGAGGGGGUUCCUAAGAUAUAUAAAAAUCAUUUCUAGACUAGGAUGUGUAAUAUUUCUGCAGUGGAGUUCACCAAUAUUCAACAGUAUGACACAGCUCGGUUGUAUUCAGAAGAAUUUUGUCGUGCUUUGCUUAGAUUUCUGUUGUCAUAGCUAGCAUUUUUAUAGCCAUACAAACUGGCCAUUGCAAAGCCUUGCACAGAAAAUCCAGAGUUUAAUCAGCAUGCUUUGUCUCUCUCAGGCAGUCAGCAAUAGCUGGUUCUGCUGGAAUAGAUCCAAAUGAAUGGCAGGUGAGCAUCUCUUGGGAUCUGUAUUGCAUUCAUGAUCUCUGUUUUGCAGAAAUGUGGUUCUCCUCCACAGGCAGAUGCUUCUCUCCAUCCAAUCCAAACUUGCUGCAGGCUCAGUUCCAAUGAGCAGUUAUCCCAUUGUGAUGAGCAGAGUAAUGAUGAGUUGUGACACCAUUCCAGCAGUUCUCCUGAUACAGACUGGAGGGAGCGGUUCCUGCUCUUGACCAGAGUGGCACAAGUUGACUCCAUGUCGCGCAUCUGAUGUGAAAGGCAUCCAACUUCAUUGUGAGCUCUUGCAGCCCAGGAUUGAGACUUUGCAUUUCUGUUAUUUACCAUUCAAACCAAAAGAGCUAUAGAGAUGGCUUAGCAAUGGGUUGCUGUCAGCCAUGUCUAUCCUGGCUUUCAUGAGCCUUUAGGAUCUAAUCUAUUCACAUGAAGAACAUAAGCUGUCCUGGGAAGCUGGAAUCUCAACAUAUUGCCAGUAGAACCAUAUGCAUUUCUGACAAGGAGGGAUUUUCUUAGUCUUGGAAGGUUUCUGCAUCAACUGCCGGUACCAAUAGCAUUUAAACACGUUGAGGAACUUAAGUUGACUAAGGUCAACUUGGCACAGUCAUAGCACACAGUAUGGGGCUUUAGCUGCAGAGCAGCCCUGCGGAGCCUGUUUGUGAUCUGCAGUCAAUCUGAACACGUGAUCCCUGAUGGGAUACUGUAGGUGGGUUUGUUCCUUGUCUGGUGCUGAGGGCUCUGUGAUCUCUUGUGUUUAGAAACAACAGAGACACCAGACCUAGAACUCAUUUUCAAUGCUUUCUAGCAGACUUUCAUCACUGAACACCACCUUUCUGCCCUCUCAGUGGAGGAAUUCCAAAUUCUGCAUUUCUUGACCAAGCAUGAAGGUCCAGCCACCACUGGCUUUUAAAUCAUGUAUUUCUUUCUGUUCAGAACAGCUCCAAGGAUCUUUCCUGACAAUCCCUUUGUCAGAUGCCUGCAGAAAGGUUUAUUUCUAUUGCUUAAAAACAUCCCAUCACACAUAGGUGCAUAUAUCUAUAGAGAUUUAAAAUAAGUAAAUAAGUAAAAACUUGUUUUGAAGAGCAAGCAACAGAACACAAAAACACAGCAGUAAAAAUUCAUAUGAGAUCUACUCAAAGACCCACUCUGUCCUUCAGACACAUCACAUAAAUCUUUGGCCUCAACCCUAUCGCUGCCAUCCUAAAAGCUUAAAACUCCUUAUGUCCUUUAAAAUAAGAGAAUCUUUCAAAGGAAAACUAUUAUUGUUCCAUAAGGACAGAGUUCUUCCAUCAGGCUACAGAGAGUUUGUAUGUCUGAAGACUGUGUUUCAUCAUAGCCCCUGUGAAAUCCAGGCUCCAUCACUAACAGUGAACUCAGAUUUCCCCCCUUCUUUGCACUGAGCAAUUCUCCAGACCCUUGGGAAAAUCUCGGAACCCUUCUCAGUUCUAGUAGAUGCAGUACAUACAAUAUUAUUUCAACAUGCAGUUUCUUUGCUUAGGCAGUGAAAAAUACUUUGAAAAUACUUUGAAAAUCUGACUCUAUAACUUGUGCUAGGAAGGCAAGAACACACAAAAAAAAAAAAGAGAUACUGUAGCUAUUCAUGAAAAUGAAAAAGACUAAAAAGGCUUUGUAGACAGCACUGUAUGACUGAGUUAUAUUCUGGUCACGUAAGCAGUAUGUUUAGUGUACUGUGUGUGUGACUUUGCUUUGGUAGCUUAGCCUGAAGGGACUCCACAAGUAGGGACCAGGAGCAAUGUCCUGCCUGGAGGCAGAACACAGGAGUUACAGGGGAAAAAAGAAAAAAACACGUAUGUAGUGGGGGUCUGCUGCCAGGUAGAUUUCAUCAAAACCUUUACUUACACAUCACUAUUUUACUAUGGAAUGCAGUGAUAAUCAUUACAUUUGUGCAACAAAUGACACUACAGUACCUUUCUUUCUUUCUUUAUCUUUUUUUCUUUUUUGUUUUCUCUGUUCUAAUGCCAUUGAAAUUCAAGGCAAAAUUCCCAAAGGUGUAAAAAGUAAAAAUUUAAUGUGGAGUUUCAAGGUCAAUCUUAGUGCUGUGUGAAAAUCCAGCACUAGAAGUCAGUUCCUAAAAAGGAGGCGUAUGUGUAUGAAACCUGGGUCAGUGCAAAAGAAGAGGUACAAGUACAGAUGGGACAGCCUUUUUCCGUCCUAAAUCAGAGGACUGGGGUUAACAUGUUAUGGGACAUUAAAUAGCAUCAUGCAAAUUCAUCUGCGCUCUUCUGAAUGUUUCAUUCAUCUCGGGUUUCUGCACCAACAAACUGUACAAAACACACAUUUUGAACUGGUUAGUUGGAUCUGUACAUUAGAAAAUGCAUUUCAGCAGAUUUUAAAUUGGUAAGAAAUGGAAUUUCCCCCCAUUUUCCUUCAAGAGAACACUGAGUUGCAAAAGUUUACCUUUGCAUUCUAUGUUAGAAUGUGUAGUAAUGUAUAAUCCGGUGUUUUGUGCUGCCUGGAACAAGGUAGAGGAAAACUGAGACAGGAAUUAGGAGAACAGAGUAGUUAUUAUCUGAAAAGCAGGUAUGUUAGCCAGUUGAAGAACAAGGAUAAUCUUGAAUAGCCUUGUAAAAAUACAAUACAAUACAAUAUUAUAAAAAUACUGGUCUAAAAAGAAAUCUCCAGAAAGAUAGCUUUUAAAAUACAAAGACUUACUAUUGAGUUCAAUUCGGGCAGAAGGGAUACUCAUAACAGCUGGGGAUCUGGAUGGUGUGGGAGAGAGGUGCCUGCCUGCUCUAUGUCCUGGGGAACCAUGUGCCAAUCUCAGACAUAACCGAGACACCAGACAUCCUCUGACUCCAUAGUCAGGCCCAGCAUUCACUCAUACUGCUUGCAGAGAAUGCCUGAUUGCAUUUUCUUUAAACAAAUAGAUGAUUCUGAUUUCACUUCAUAGCUGUAGAAAGAAGCAGACAGCUUUUCUGUUUACUCAAAAAGGAGCGUGGAACUGGAGAUAUAUGUAAAUAUCAAUAACAAGCUGAAUAAAAGAUAUUUGCUGGGGAUAAAGUCUAACUUUUUAGUGGCAAAACAGUGUCCGUCCACUGCUAAUGGUUUGAAAAAGAAUCUAGGAAGUUUUACACCUGGAAAUACAUUGACCAUUUUUUUAAAGACUUGUUGGGACUUUUUAAAAUAUUGUGGUUAUUCAACCUAUUCCUCAGAAUUCAAACUAGAACAAUGGAGUGAUGGUUCAUCAAUCUAAUUAAAGACUUUCAUAAGUCA